UGCUUCUCUGUUCGACAAGUUCACACUCGUCGAAACAAGUUGGUUAGCUUUGUAAAAACAAACGUCAUUUUAUUAACGUGCAAAUAAAAAAAAACACAAAGAAUAACCUGAAAUAUGGAGGCUGUUGCAGCUGAUGCUGAAUGGGUUGAAACGUUCAAGACGAUUUCAAAAGAAGAGAUGAACUCACCAAUUAAACCAAAUGAAAUUCAUCCAGUUGAUAUGGCUAUGUAUAAAAGAGGUGGCCAGCUACCAAAUAUGGAGUUUACGACAAUUUUGAGUGAAAGAAAGAAAAAGAUUCAAGAACAGCGUAAAAUUCGCAUGAAACGCAUGAAGCCACUAUUUGCAACUCAACCAAGACUACAAAUGAUUUGCAGAGAUUUCAACAACAAUUUUCUUGAUUCAGGCUUUACAUCAUAUGUUUUUUGUGAUGUAACCGCUAUGUCAUUAAAAAGAAAAGAAAUUGAUUUAAAAUAUCUGAUGAAUCUCUGUGGAUAUAAUUUGACAGAGCUUGACUUGGAUGAUUAUCAUGGAGGUCUAUUUGCAGAUGAUUAUCCUUGUGAUCAAAUAAUGCCAUUGAUUAAAUCUAAUUGUUUUAAUCUAAAGAAACUUGUAUUAAGAUUUAAAGAAGUCGAGAGUAAUAAUUUUGAUAAUGUUUUUUCUAACAUGAAUCAUCUUGAAGAAUUAUCAAUUUAUUGGCUAUGGGUAAAUUCAACUUUACCAAUGACUUUGAUCAAGUCAUUAGAACACGUUCGUGAAACCUUGAAAACUCUUGUCAUUUUAUGUCAACCAUACCGAGUAUCUUCUGUAUUAUCUCCAGAAACCGAAGCUUUAAUGACUGUCAUUAGUAAUAUGAAAAAUCUCGAGUUUGCAACAAUUAAAUUGGAUUAUGGUUUUACAGAUGAAUUAUUCAUAAAUCUUACCAAUAAUUCUAAAGAUUUAGAAUUUUUAAAACUAUGUGGUUCAAAUAUUACUGAUAAAGGUUUAAUUGCAGUUAAUAAUUUACAUCAACUAAAAACAUUUGAUCUUGGUUUAGGUGAAACAAACUCUGAAAAUAAAUUCAUCACUGAUCAGUCAAUUCAAUGUUUGUUUAACAAAGAAAUGUCAUCAUUGGACAUAUCAAAUUGCACUCAAGUCACUAAUAGCUCAAUCAUUGAACUUGUUAAAAAUUCUCCAAGUUUAGAAACUCUUCAUAUUGAAAAUACAAAAGCAACUAUUGAACUUGUCGAAGAAAUUUCUAAAUUAACAAAAGAUCGUAAAGUACAUUUAAGUGUAUGGGUUUCUUUUAAAAUUAAUGAUAAUAUAAUGUUACACAAAAGAGUUAUUCACCCAACACUCACUUUCUUGUCUCAUAUUAUACCUCUAAAAUAUACUUUACAACAAUAAUUAUUGUUUUUUCCUAUGCUUUUUUUUUCAUGAAACAUAUACAUAUGGUAAUAAUAAUUUUUUUGGUUUAAUAUUAGUUUUGAAAA